GAGUGUGUGUGUGGAGGAGAAACAUGUCCCAGAUCUGCGCUGAUUUACACCGGCCACUCCGAGGUGUUUCAUAGCGCGGCGACCACUGUUAUCACCCCGCAGUCCGGAGCUCCAGAGCUGAAGGUGAAGAUGAUGUCUGAGGAGACCCAGCACAGAGCGCUCGAGGAGGACCUGGAGUCCGAGGAGGGAGAUCUGGAGUCGUUUCUGGAGGAGGAAAGCAGCAGUGAACUCCUGGAACGUGUCAGAGAACUGCAAGCGGAGAACUCGGCUUUGUCCCUGGCCAAUGAGAGCCAGAGAGAAGCUUAUGAAAGAUGCCUGGAUGAGGUGGCUAACCAUGUCGUCCAGGCUUUACUCAACCAGAAGGAUCUUCGGGAGGAAUGCAUCAAGCUGAAAAUGCGAGUGUUUGAUUUGGAGAGGCAGAACAGAACACUGUGUGAACUUCUUCAAGAGAAAAUGCACAAUCAGUCAUGUGUUCAUCAGCAGACUGGGUCCUGCUUGGAACACAUUUCUGAGCUACAGCACACUGAUGCAAACAAACUGUUUGAGACUCAAAGAAAUGCACAAGCCAAGGGCAAUGGGGAUUGUGCACAAAAUAGCUUUCCCGAAACCCAAAGCACCACCACCUCCAUGGACGUCUUAUCUCCUUUCCUCAAAAAGAAAGCACACAUUUUGGAGGUGUUGCGCAAGCUAGAGGAGACGGACCCUCUACGCUACCAUCGUUCCCCUGGCAUCUCUUCCCUUUGUGAAUAUAGCCAAGCUCUUGUGUCCAAAGAUGCUGUAUUGGCCUGCAGAGACAACGUACCUAGGUGUAAUGCAGCUAAAACUCACUGUCCCCAUUCAUGUGCAGAGGUUUGCAUCUGCAUCAACACCGGAGAGCACAAUACCGUAAAGUGUGGAAGCUGUAACACGUGUCUGAUUUUAUCCAAUAAGGACUCGAUUAGUCUAGCUAACAGCAGCCACAGUUGCUGUCCUUCAAAUGCUAUCACUCUUGACAACCUCAAUUUGGCGCCGCCUGACUUUAAUAAGAAGAAAGAGUCUCAGAGCCAAACGAAGCCAAUCACAGGUACUAGCGAACUUAAAGUUGUCAGAAGGUCAGCUGAUUUGUCUGUUCCUGCAGUGGAGCAAGAUCUUGAACUGUCUAAUGAGCUUGCACAAGCAACAGAAGUGCCAGAUCCUAACCUGUCUGUGGCUGAGAGAGACCAUGACAGAGGGCCUGAUAAUAAACCAGCCAAUUCCCUUGCACUAACAGAAAGAGAGACGAAAGAUAAAAAUAGAAUUUCGGAUGGACUGAUGGACCAAAUAUCAGACAGGUCAAGUGGAAGCAUCUCUGAUGAACUUAUUAGUCACGGAAGUACAAAUGAUUCAAGUCUUCAGAAAGACUUUAAGCACUUAAAAACUGCACCAUCGCAGCACCUUGACAAAAUCAAAGGUUGUGAGGAGAUUUUGCAAGAUGAUGACCCUGAUAUCCCCUCCAACACCUCCAAGCUGCCUACUCUUGGUCUGAAGGACAGCUUACAGGAUCCAUAUCCAGAAAUCGAAAGCAGCAAAUCAGUCCAUAAAGGGCUGUUGUUUUCUCCCAAUGAGAACCAUACUGUCUCAAAAGUUCUGGAUGAAAUAUGUGUCCCUGUGAAAGAAACCACAAUAGAAGACUUUCAGGCUGAUGAAUCCAAGGUUGUUAAUCCAAACCAAGUAUGCCUGAGAGAAGUCAAGGCCUCCCCCUCCAAACUGCUCAAGUUUCUCAAGAUUCCCACCAUUGUGGAGCGUGUCCCAGCAGUCAAUCCUUCCCGUCUCAGCCCUCAGCUAACCCGUAGCUCAAAGAUCCCUUGUCGUAGCAAUAACUAUGAAUUGCAUCAAUCACCAGUUGCCCCCCGCAAAGCCACCACAGCAGAUAGACAAAAACAGCUACCUGCCCCUAAAUCUGAGUCUUACCCCUCUACACAUUCUGCACCAACCUCUUCACCCCAGUCUGAUGACCCCCCUCCAGUCGUUCCGAAGGAAAUAAGCUGUGGCAUUCCUAAAAGCAGUCGACUAAGCAAACCUUCACAAAUUGCUCCCCCACAAAAAACUCCCAAGAAAAUACCACACUACGAAAAUAUUACAGAUCCCUCCAUGUGCAGUAGCCCAGAUAUAUCCCAGGUUCUUGGAGAGGUAAGCUCUGCUCUACGUUAUGCCAGUUCUAACACAGAAAGAGUCAAAGGAAAGCAAGGAAACUUUGGUCUAGAGAGGCCUACAAGUCUCAAAUCUCAAAAGGACAGUUCACUAGGUUCUGACUUCUCAGACCAAGAGGAGAGCCCAGACAGCCCUGUCUGGCACAAGCAGGCCAAUCAUCGUAGUUUGCCUAGUCAGCCGUCCUCACAGAAGUCACAGCUGAGUGGUAUACGGUCUAGAAGCCAAGAGAAAAAUGAGUUAACGAAAGACCAAACACAAAAUGCAGGAUCACCCCUUAAAAGGAUUGACCCACCACCUAUUCCCAAAAAAACGGGCAUGGGUAGACACUCGGGUGAAUCCAGUCAUUCCUUUAAAGAGAGGUUGGCUGCACUUGGCAAGUUAAGGAACCCAGAUAAACCAACAGCAUGUUCCCAGCAAGCUGAGACAAAAGAAGUGCCUCUACGAACCAGUGACAAGAGCAAAACUAACAACAGGAGCUCUGACUGUAAAACUGAAGAACAUAGACUGUCAAAGAGUACAGAUAUAGUUGAAGAGAAGUCAUUUGUUUUAGGAUACGCGGAUAGUGCCGUCUCCAAAAAUAAUCAGUUACCGCUUGCUGACCAAGGAGUCAAAUCUCUACCUGCAAUUUCUAAACUGGAAAAUGAGUCAUCUCCCCUGCGAAUGUCCCCUGCGAAACCAGAAAGUCCAAAGUCCAAAAUGGCACCACCGUCUACAAAUUUAGAAGCUGCACAAGCUUUGCGAAGCUAUGCUAAAAGUACAUCACAUAGUUUUUCAUAUGGUGGAAAAAACAUACCCAGUCCCCACAGUAGUAGCCCUAACAAGAUACCCUUGAAAUCGCCAACAAAAACUGUACCGCCGUCUUUGAACCGAGAUGGGAAACCUAGUCAGGAGAUACCGAGGUACUUGUCCAAAUCUGAGGACAGAAACCAAGCUCGGACCAGUACGAAAAAAACCUCAGUUGCGGAUAGCCUUCCUCCACCACCGCCAAAGCCCAGUGAGUCAGUCGAAGAAAAGAGGCACUCUAUACCUAGCCCUCAGUCUGCCAUUGAGCAAAAGGUCAUGAAAGGUAUCGCGGAAAACAUGCUAAAGCUUCAAGAACAGGACAAGAGUCAAGUACCUGAGGUUAAACAGAAGGCUUCCAGUGGAAUUGCCAACUGGUUCGGCUUAAGGAAAAGUAAGUUGCCAGCUCUUAAUCGGAAACCCGAGGCAUCAAAAAGUAAAGAGGAUAAGAAGGAAUGGAAACUGAAUAUAUCCUCGAUGGGCAAGGACUCGAAAGUGCCUACUAAAAAGCCAGAGAGUGAGAGCUUAAACAUAUCCAUGCUGAUGGAAAAAGCAGAAGGACUGCACAAAGCUCUGGAAGAAGAACGGGCGUAUGUAAAUGGUGUUGCUUUGGAUCGGCAAGGAAAGGGACAUUCCUGUGAGGUGGUGAUGGACCAGGCUCAAGGACAGCUGUCUGUCAUGUACAGGGGAGUGCCAUCAGAUAACUUCAUGCAGCAGCUGCUUAAUCGGGUGGAUGGAAAAGAUGGUGGCGGGAUUGGUGUUACCCAUCGACGUCUGUCGUUUGACUGUAAUACCAGACCUGUCUUCAGCCAUCAUAGCGCUAGUGCUGUCAGCCAGACCAGAAGUAGCGAGGACAUGGAGAAGGCUGCUUCAAUAAUAAGUAAAAUGGACGGAGUAUCGGACGAGAACCUGGCUGACCUGAUUCAUCAUGAGCACUUUGCAGGCUCUGGAAUCUCCACACACACUCUGGACAGCGGUAUUGGCACGUUCCCACUUCCCGACUACAGUGCAAAUACAGGUUGUAAAAGCAUCCCCAAAGGGAAGGCCCAGGCAGACAACGAUCCCUCCUUUCCUCAGGGAAGACAUGGCUCAGGUAUGAAAAUUCCCCACAAGACCUGGACUCUGGAGAGAGAGCUGUCAUCGUUGGAGGAAGACUACAUCAUGGGUCAGGAAAUGCAUGGGACCGUAUUGGAAGGCGAGAUGGAACCCAGCCAUAUUGCUGACAUAGGUCAUGGAGAAGCUGUGUGUGGUGCACCCAUAAGAUCUGGUCCCACAAAAAACUGGACGUUUCCCAACCUUAAAGGAUCCACCGAAUCAUCUGAUGUUUAUAUUGGAGUGGGAGAGAGUUUAGAACAAGUAGCCCAGAAGAGCUCAUUUAGGAGGCGCACCAAGACUAGCGAUGCAGUGAUGAACCUUGACGGUGACCCCAGAAGCCUCCCACAGCCGUCUCAGCUGCGUCGAAGCAAAACUCGUCCUCCUCUCAAUCCAGAUGUGGUCAGGGAUCCGGGGCUGGAACUAGUCAGAGACAAGCCCGAUGAUGCUCUUUCACCUGGUCAACCCCAGGUCCUAGAGACCCCUGAGUCCCUUAGUGACUCUCUCUAUGACAGCCUGUCUUCUUGUGGUAGCCAGGGCUGAGAGGAACACUGGGAACACUGGUAACUCUUCUACACCCUGAUGCUGUGGGACUGGGAUUUUUUUCAUAGGUCAACAUUCACUCGCAAUACACCAACCGUUUGUCAGCAGAAGAUCCCCCAGUGUUUACUGUUUCUGCAAGAUUCACCUUUCUAGCCAAGAUUUUGUAACAGACAAAACCAGCAAGUGGGUGUGUAGUGGGUCUGAGUGAAUUUCUGUCCUCUUGUUGUCAUUUAAAAGCCUCAUUAAACCACAUUUUGUUCUCUUUCACGUGGUAGAAAAAUAGAUAUCAUUACAUUUUGUCCUUACUUGUGUUCGACAUUCAACACCAUGACAAGUCUUCCUGAUCUCUCUGAAUGUUUUCAUAUCUCAACAUAAGUGCACAUGUUUUGU